AUGGCUGACAGAGACAGGGUUCCCAUCAUCCCCGGCCAGGUCUACAUUGAGGUGGAGUAUGACUACGAGUACAAGGCCAAAGACAAGAUGGUGACCAUAAGGCAAGGAGAGUACUACAUGCUAGUGAAGAAGACCAAUGAGGACUGGUGGCAGGUGAGGAAGGAGGAAGGCACAAAGGCUUUUUAUGUGCCGGCCCAGUAUGUUAGGGAGGUGCGCCGGGCACUCUUGCCCUCCCAGAAACCUGCCCUGAGGGCUAAACCCACUGUUCUGGAUAUCUGCCGUGCUUCAAAUGAGAACCUCAACAGGCCCCAGCAGGAAAUGUCCAGCUUUGCUCGCCCAUCACCCUCCUCCACCCCAUCACCUUCAUCUGACCGUGUUACACCACCAGGCCUGUGCAAAGAUGCUAACCAGAACAUGAGCCCCCAUCAUUCCAAGGUGGUAGCUGAACUGGUUCUUCUUCAUAACAAUAACAACCAUCACCACACACACAAUUCCUCACUGGCACAGACACAGAUGGAUUUGUCUCCACCUAAAAUGGGGUGCAACCAUGACAAAAGUCGUGUCGAUAAUGAUACCCCACCACCAAGUGAGCUUCCAGGAGAUGGACUGAAGAAGCUCCACAAUGACUCUGAGUCAGGGGACGAGCUUAGCAGCAGCUCAACGGAGCACGUGCAGCCAACAUCACCUACGGGUCUGGGUCGGUCUGAAUCCCCGGUCUACACCAACCUCCAGGAGCUGAAGGUUGUUCAGUCCAGUCUACCGCCUGUCCCUUCCACAUCCCCUCUCCACAUUCACGGAGACUGGGAGACCCACAAAGACGUGAGCGGCAGGCAUUUCUAUUUCAACCGGGGUACCGGAGAACGAACCUGGAAGCCACCCCGUACCCGAGACACUACCAGCAGCACCAGCAGUUUUCGAGGAGACAGUCAGGGCACAGUUGACAGUGAGCCUCUGUCACCAGAGGAAAAUUGGCACAACACUCUUUUGAGCCAGUCUGAGAGCCAUUAUGGGUCACCUCCUAGAGGAUGGUCUGAGGAGCUGGAUGAGCAUGGACAAACCUUGUACAUAUCUGAAUACACGCAAGAGAAGUGGAUAAAGCAUGUGGAUGAGCAGGGUCGACCCUACUACUACAACGCUGAUGGAUCUAGGUCAGAAUGGGAACUACCCAAGUACAAUAUCUCCUGUCAGUCCAGUGAGCUUCCCAAGAGUCACAGUCUGGAGAGGAAGCAGCAGGAUCCCAUUGUCCUAACCAAGUGGCGACACAGCACCUUUGUUUUAGAUCUCAACGACAAGGAGUGUGCUCCGGCUCCCAAGCAGAGCUCACCAGACUCUGACUCCUGCCCCUCAUCUCCUAAGCACUCCUCAACCCCUUCAGAGAAAUGUGGAGUUCUCAAUGUCACUAAAAUCACAGAGAAUGGCAAGAAAGUCAGGAAGAACUGGACGUCCUCAUGGACGGUGUUGCAGGGUUUCUCUCUGCUCUUCGCAAAGGGUCAGGGGGGCAGCUCAAGCUGGUCGUACUACUGUAGAGGUGCCAUCCCUGAGCUGCUCUUCACACUUCUUAGCAGCUGGAAGCACUCAGUCAAACCCUGUCCUGCUGUGUCCUAUGUGAAGUGUAGGCCUGUGCAGGUGUCCACUAAGUUUGGCAGCAAUCAGUCAAAACCUGAGUUCACCGUUGACCUGCGAGGAGGUUCUGUGGACUGGGCCUCCAAGGAGAAGAGCAGCAAGAAACAUGUCAUAGAGCUGAAGACCCGUCACGGGACAGAGCUGUUGAUUCAGUCGGAGAUUGACAGCGUCAUCAAUGACUGGUACCGGGCCCUCACAGAGACCAUAAACACACAUGCCUGGGAGUCAGACGAGGCCAUUGAGGAGGACAUGCCUGAGUCUCCAGGAGCUGAGAAAGGGGACAAGGAGAAAGAACACUGGGACUCCAAGAAGAACAGAUUGAUGAAGACCUCUGUGAGUAUGGACUCAUCUGACCAGAAGAAAACCAGGAUGAAGCUCAAGAAAUUUCUGACACGUCGACCCACCUAUCAAGCAGUCAGAGACAAAGGCUACAUCAAAGAUCAGGUGUUUGGCUGCAGUCUGGCCAGCCUGUGCCAGCGGGAGAACACUUCAAUGCCCAACUUUGUCAGAAUGUGCAUCGAGCACGUAGAGAGCACAGGUCUCGCUGUUGAUGGCUUAUACAGAGUGAGCGGGAAUCUGGCCGUGAUACAGAAGCUCCGCUUUGCUGUGAAUCAUGAUGAGAAGGUGGAUCUAAACGAUGCUAAGUGGGAGGACAUUCAUGUCACCACAGGAGCUCUGAAAAUGUUCUUCAGGGAGCUUCCUGAGCCACUCUUCACUUACGGAUCCUUCACUGACUUUGUUGACGCCAUCAAAUGUUCAGACUACAAGCAGAGAGUGAAUUCAAUCAAAGACUUAAUCAAGAAUUUGCCAAAACCCAACCACGACACGAUGCAGGCCCUCUUCAAACACCUGCGGAGGGUGAUUGACCACGGAGAAGCCAACCGCAUGACAACCCAGUGCGUGGCCAUCGUGUUUGGCCCCACACUGCUCCGGCCUGAGACGGAGACGGGCAACAUUGCAGUCCACAUGGUCUACCAGAACCAGAUCGUGGAGCUCAUACUGUUGGAGUAUGAAAGCGUCUUCAGCAGAUAGGCUGGUGAGGAGAGGACCACAGGCUGUUCAAACAUGGAUGUAAUUUCUUUUGUUGCCAUUUAUUUUUUCUUAUGGAAAUAAACAUUGCUGUGGACCAAAUAAGUGGAGAGAAUAAAUAGAAUAAACAUUCAUCAACUGUUGACAAGAUGUUGCACUUAAAAAGGUUUUACGGAUAAAUUUGAAGUGUACCGACUUCAUCUUUGCUUUUCUGUUGCCAUUCCUGUGUCGAGCAGCAGGUCGGACGCUCGGCACUGCGGUGACCGUGCACGUCAUCCAUGAGUGUUGAGGCAUUUUUGCAUGCAUUGGAUCUCUGUGGCUGAAGUCAGAACCCAAACGUAAGUGGAGCAACAGCAGCUCUUGGUGGGAUAUGUACGUAUGUCUAACACAUCAUGGCAGCCUUCUUCUUCUGUGGUGUUAAACUGUGCUAGCUGCUACUCCUGACAGCAGUGUUGUCACAUCACUGGAGGAACUGGCUGAACUGUGCUUUUCAAUCUGGUGGAGUGUUGUCAGCGAUUCACAGCACCCGCCCUCCUCCGUCAAGUCUGCAGAAUCAUCGGCGUUAUGCUGAAAGUGCUUGACUGAGCUGGAGUAGAUGUGCAUACUGCGUCCCCACCCCUCACACCCCAUGCUUCCCUGGGAGUAGUGUUGACCUUUGACCUUAUGACAUGAGCAUCCCAUGACUCAGGUGUGGAGGAUCUGUUUGUGUGUGUGAAUGUGGCGUAAAUGUAAGUGGAAGUGUUCAUGUCUGGUCUCAAACUGUGCAUUGUGCUGUCGAACGUGAUUUAGUAAAGUUUGUGAUGAGACGCAGGUGGCUGACUGUGUUCCUCUAGUGAACCUAAACCUCUUCACCUCUCAGAUGUUGCUUCUUAAACCUCACUGAUCUGCCGGAGUCACUGGAAGUGAAGUUGAUGUAAUUUCUCACUUUUCGAUGGAAGCUGUUGGGAGUGAAGGGUAAAGUAUUUUGUGAAGGAACAUUACACUGGAAACACUCUGUUGGAUGGCGGCAGACGAGUGUUAAAGGACAAAGAAGAGACUGUAAAAUGCUUGAAAACCUCUCAUUGUGUACAAUGAGAGAACAAAGGUGUUGGUGUGUUUAGUGGCUGAGGUGUGUGUGUGUGGUGAACUGAUUUUGUCUGAAUGAAAACAUGGCGAUACUUGUAGUGUUUAAAAAAGUUACUUUGAAGGUGUAUAUGUUUGCACAUGAUCAGCUGCUCAUUUUGAAUGUAAUUUUCAGGCUAACUGCUGUCUGUGAAACAUGUCUAAUAAAAAACUAAUUGUGGA